GCUUCUCCAUUAUAUCUUGAAUGGGGUUUUAUUGGAAAAAGUUUAAAAAUGUAACUUUAUACUUAAGACACAUUACUUAAUACACAUAAGGAAAUUUCAUCAAAAAAUGUAGUCAAGAGAUUACAAAAUGUAGUCAAGAGAUAAUUCUUUCCUAGCCAUUUUCAAUCAUUCCUUGUAAUGGUCCUUGGCCAAAUUUGGGAGGAAAUUUGAAGCAAGUUUAAUUGAAAUCUAGGCCUAAAUGAACAAUGAAGAAACUUGAAAAGUCCUUUAAAAUUUAGAAACAACACAAAUUAUGCCAUAUUACAGUAUACAAUCACUUGACUGGAAAGGUGGACUGGAACACUGGAAUGGAAUACUGGAAUGAUUUUUGAUUAAUUUGAUGCAGUAUUAGGAACAAAGAAUUGUUAUGGGUAGUGGGCUAUAUAGUAGUAAAGUAUAAACAGAAAGAAACCAGAACAGACUGGGGGCUCCUAACAUAACUAGGGGCUCCUAACAUAACUAGGGGCUCCUAACAUUACUAGGGACUCCUAACAUAAGUAGGGGACUCCUAACAUAACUAGGGGACUUCUUAUACAAAAAUUAUGUCUAAUGCCUACACAUUAAUAUUUGCAGUAGCUAUUCCACUAUUCCAUUCCACCUUUCCAGUCCAGUGAUUGUAGACAGCCCAUAUUACAUUAGUGUAUACACUACAACUGUACAUGCAAUAGAAAUUUGUCUGACUACAAAAAUGCCAUAUACUAUAGUCAAUAAUAAUAUUAUGUGCAUAUGAAUAAAUGUGGAAACUUGACCAAAUGUUGAAGAAACUUACCUUAACCAUGUAAUAUAGUUCCUAAUCAUGCUUAGGCAAGUUUAAACAUUUCAAACGCAUGGUUUUGCACAGGAUUUUUGCAUAGUGCUUAGCUUUUUGUGAGCAAUUUUUUUAAAGUUACUCAAAACUCCUCAAAAAGAGAAGUCCCCGUACUAUUCUCAAUUUAAAUUUUUCUGAUACAUUUAAGUCCUCCUUACUUCUUUUGUUAAAUAUCAAUUUUGAGUUGAUUUUAAUUGUUUUUAAAGUUGCUUAAAAUUUGUUCCAAGACCUUGCACUAUUUUGGGUUUUUGUCCAAAUUUUGUCAAAAAAUAACUAGGAAAGAAUUAUCCAUUUUAAUCACUGUAACAUUUUCUAACACAAAGCAAGAACGUUUGAACACAUUUCUAUUACAUUUUGAUGACAGAAGAAUAUCGGAUGCUACAAGUUGUAAAUGUAUUUUUGGUGUGAGCAGUGAGCACAUUCACUUACAAGAAUUUUUGUUUUAUCCUGAUAUCUAACUAGUAACUUAAUUAUCAAACAUGGCAAUAACUAUGCAUGAAUUUAAACUGCUUAUUCAAAUGUCAUCUGAUAAAACUAACACAUGUACAUAAACUGACUCUGUUGUUAUAAAUAAAAUAUGAAUUUAUACUUAGUUUAAAGAUCAGUAGAGAAGAAUUUGUUCCUUAUUGUGUUGUCAUCAUGGUCCGCUAAUUUUGCCUAUAGUUGGUACAGUAAGUCAGUUCAUAUAAAAGGAGGUAGACAUAAGUAACAAUCACCACAUAAACUAUAUCUUAUCACAUUAUUAUAACAAGUAAAAUGAUAUUGAAUAGAUGUCAGCUAGUAAAAUGAUGUAUAAUGAUAAUAAUUCUUAUUAUUAAUACUGUCAAUGGAAACUGUCCUGAUGAUGACAAAGAGACAAUUUCUCCAGUUGUUACCACUACCAGCACUUGCUACACCAAGUAUGCAUACAAAUGUGCAACGCAAACUGAUUGUAAAGCAUGGAAAGAACUGGGAAGCACACAGAAUAGAGUAUACCUCAUAAAACCAGAUAAUGGACCAGCUUAAUUUCCAAGUAUUCUGCAACAUGGACACUGAUGGUAGUGGAUGGACUGUAUUUCAGAUGAGACAAGACGGAUCUGUUGACUUGGGAUUGAGCAAAAUUCAUCAUCUUACUAAAGAAGGAUCAAACACACUAACAGUGGACCUAGAUUAUGUGAACUACUCAAAAUUCAGUAUUAGUGACGGUAGUACUAAAUAUGUACUAACGGCAAGAGGAUACUCUGAUACUGCUGGAGAUGGAUUGAUUAAAGAUUACACUCGAAGCAACCAUCAUAAUCACAGUGGAAUGAAAUCUCUACAAAAGAUUCUGAUAAUGACAAGGGUAGCAGGCAUUGUGCUAGUCACUGCAUGGUGGUUUAAUAAUUGCCAACAAUGUCACCUUAAUGGUGGUUACCAUAAUCCAGCUGAAGCUGAAAACUGGUAUAGAUUUAUAUGGAAUGUUUGGAAAGGCCUUGCAUAUAGUCUCAGCUUUACCGAGAUAAAAACUACUCAUAAUAAUUGAAACAAUAACGUACAUGUUGUGAGAGGAUGUGUAGCAUGUGUGUGAGUACAUGCACAUGUAGUUACUGUUAGGGCACAGUUGACAUGAUUAUGUAUAAUUUAU